AUGGCGUGCUUGGAAGCAGUGUGGAGAUCAUUUUAUAAAUAUGUUGAACAGGAGGAGUCCAGUGCAGGGGAAGGCGUCCCUCCAGAGUGGGUGCUGAUGGAGCUCCAGGGCGAGAUAGAGUCUCGAGAAAACAAACCACUUCCAGGAUGUGUGAUGGGAGAUCUUCAUUACACUAAGGAGGGUAUCCCAGUGCUGAUUAUUGGCCACCAUAUCUUGUAUGGGAAAAUCGUCCGCCUUGAGAAGCCGUUUGCUGUCCUUGUGAAGCACACAGAUACUCAUCAAGCCGAUGAUGUGGUGGAAAUGGGCGAGGGGACCCCAUCAACCUGUUAUCUCGUCAGAGCAUUAAUCAAGAAAAAAAUAAUUUUCAAAACACGUCCCAAGCCCAUUAUUACAAACGUACCCAAAAAGGUGUGAGGACCACAGAUGGAGGAUAGACAUCUACUUGUAUUGUCAUGAUAAAGCGCAUCUACAGGAUAAAGUUAAGACCUGAAAUGAGUGUAUGGCCAGCAGAUAGUGAGCACAGGAUUCACCAUCCUAAAGGCACAUUCCAAAACAGCCUGGUUUUCUAUUUUUAUACACGAAGCAUACAGUGCGUACUGAGCAACAGAGUUUUGAAGUAUUUUGUAUUAAAUUACAUCCUGGCUGAGUUGCAGUGAGGAUGUUAGGUGCAUCUUCCAAAUUGUUUGUCACUGAUUUUUGAGGGUGGGCUUCUGUAAAAUUUCCUCCGUCAGUUUCUUUACCCUCUGUAGAAAAUUGAACUUUUGAAUGAAACUCUUAAAUAUAGCAAACUCAGCUGUUCAUCUCGAGGGCAGAUCUUAGCUGGAAGUUCACAGAUGCCUUUGAUUUUGCUGACAGUAAGAUCAUCUUUGAAACUCAGCAUGAGGUGGUUGGUACUGUUAUGCUAAUUUUCUGCUUAAUAGCAUUGCUUUUGUAAUGGCUGAAUUUUUGACAGAGAGCAGUUUUUACACCUUUAACACUGGACGAAAGUUUAGAAAGUGCUUCAGAUGCUUCAGUAAACAAAUCCAGAGAUACAAGA